CAAACAAGUCCCUGUUCUAGGAAAGGAGGAGGGGAAUAGAAAGAGGGAUAAUGGUUAAAACUGGACUGAUUGCUGGUAAGAGCAUCUAGUCUGAUUGAUAGAUGAAAAUGAGGUGCUGUGUUCUUCUGUGUCUGCUCCUGCAAGUUUUGGGAGGCUCAGAUCCUUAAAUGAGUAACAUGGCAUCUGACAUACACCCAUAGGCCUUCCUCUGUUUGAGCUGAGCUCAAAAGCAGAUGACGCUCUACGGAUGGCCCUCAAUCAAAUCAAUGCACGUUACGCCAGACUUCACCUGUACAGAGUGUCCAAGGCCUCUGUGAAGAGGAUUGUUCCUCUGGAAAUGGACACAUAUGAUCUGUUUCUGAGAUUUGGGAUCAGGGAGACAGAGUGCCAGAAAAACUCUGGGCUCGACCCUCAGGGCUGCAUGUACCGCAAGAGUUUCUUUGUGUCGGAGGCAGGGUGCUAUAUCAGAGUUCGAGUGGCUCAGCAGGUCACUACUAUCAUCUCUCUCAGAUGCACACUGGCAGACAGCUCAAGCUCUGAGUCCAGUGAGGAGAGGAGAUUAGAAUGGAACUAUGAUUCAAAUCAUUUUGGGACUAGAGACCACACACGUGCAACUUUAGCACCAAGAAUUAACAUGGCCCCACCUUUACAUUCGGAUCAUCACAACAACAGGGAAACCAGCAAUGUUCGAGGAGACAACUUCAGCAAUCACCUGCCAUUUCAGUGAUGGGCAGAAUAAAUAUUCUACACUGAAAGAUUAAGGUGCUGCUAACAUAAAGCCAGUGACUAAAGGAAAAGACUGUACUAUACAAAGGAUUUUGUCACAGGCUACCCAUAACUACAGACUCCAGUGAAACAUGAAAAUGAAACAUUUUGUGACAAAGAUUAUUCUGUGUAUGAACAUGAAUAGAAAACAUUCCAUCAUCAACCUUCCCCCAAGAAACCCAAUGAAAAGAUCAGAAACAUGUUUGAUAUCAACAUGUAUAAUUUCAUUUUAAAUUACACAUUUUCCAGAGAGAGAUAUGCAGGGCACGAUUUUCAUAGACCUUUGAUGGAUCAAGACCGGAUACUUCAAUAAUUUAAUAUUAACUUCAGUCAGUCACAUGAUCAUCUAAAGAACCUGAAAGUUUUCAUGAUAUUGUAAAUACAGUCAAUAAACCAAUUUUCCCAAAUUAAA